CUCACACUCGGUAAAAUGCGCGCUCGUGCCUUGCUGCUGCUCGCCGGCUGGCAAUUUUGCGAGGCGCUGCAGAUCGGCGGCAGCGCCUUGCGCAGCGGCGUGCCCAACGCGCGCGCCGCCCCGCGCGCCUCGCCGCCUCUGCUGCUCGAGGCGCUUGCUGACAUGGUGGUCGUCGAGCUGGACAGCUCACCCGCGGAGUCCGCGGGCGGGAUCCUGAUGCCCACCGCCUUCUCGGACGACCCGAACGACUCACUGGACGCUUUCAAGCCCAAGGAGGUCAAAUAUGGCACAGUGCUCCACGUCGGCCCUGGCCGCGUCUCAGAGGGAGGCGAGGCGCAGCCGGCGCCGGCCCUGGCCGCCGGCAUGCGCGUGGUGGUGGCCCCGGUCGACGGCAUGAAGGUGGAGCCCGACGGGCCGAACCCAAAUGAGAGCGUCUUCCUCUUUAAGGCGACUGAGGUGUGGGGAGUGUGCGCUGGCUGAGACGACAGUGUGCCGGAAGGAACGAGCCGCCGCCUAACCGCCCGCCCUCUUCCUGCGGCGCCCGCGCCGUGAUUCAGGUAGUGAAGUGUGGGCGCGCCGCAGAGUAAACUAGAGAUCUGCUGCGCGAGAGGACCGAGGUGCCGAGGUUUUAUAUAUAUCUGCGAGGUUUCGGUUUUUACUUAAUAACCGUGCGAGGUCCGCGCUAUC